ACACACACGUGUAUUCAUGUCAAGCUCUCAUCUGGACUUGGAGACGAGACAGAAGAAGCCUAAAAAAUACAGGAUCACAGACAGGAAAAGAGCGAGUCAGAUGUGUCUCUUAUCAGUGAGGGUGAGACAGUUCACAUGUGACGGUGACGAAGAGAUGCAGUGAACACAUUUAUUCACUUUUUUUGUGAUUCUUUUUUUUUUACGCUAAACAACUUAAAGUACUGUUUCAGGGGAUUGGCUGGUGUAAUAAUAAUGAGUGUGUUGUGGAGUGUGUAUCUGGCUGUGACGUUCAUCUCACACACACACUGCACUCUCUCACCUGAAAAUGAAGUACCACUGCGCACAACUACCUGGCUAAAUGAUGGCAAGAACAUACCUGUUCACCUGAGUAAAGGACACACACACAGGUUCCAUUUUACAUUGAGGAAGAAGAUGCCAGCUCUGAUGCUCACAGUUUCACCCUGUUCAGGAAGUGUUGAGUGGCAUCUGACUGCACACACCCUGAAGGACAAACCAGCCAAGAAUCAUUACUGGAGCUUUAAGAAGAGCGAGCCUGAAGUGUGGUGGAGAAAAUCAACAAAUGAGAAGACACUCCACUCCUAUUCAGGCAGUGCUGUGGACACUUACAUGGGUCCUGCACUUCACCCAAUAUCCAUCUACACACUGCAGAUUAAAUCAACGCAGGACGACACACAUGCACAUGUUUAUCUCCAUGAAGGACCUGCACCAUGGGGGGUGUUUCCAGAGUUACCCUUUGACCCCAGAGUGCACUUGCUCGGAGUCGGGAUGAGCAGUGUGACACUGACCUGGAACCCAAGUCCAACUGUUCUCAAAACACUACACACACACACACACACACAUCCAUAUAAGUACUGUGUUACUGUGAACAGCAAACAUAACUACAGGAGUCUGUGUGCCGCACAAGAGGAGAAAAGAGCGAUGUGUGCAUGUGAAGAGAUGGAAAGUGUGUGUACCGUCUCUGACCUUCUUCCAAACACACUCUAUUACUUUGAUCUGUUUGUAAUUGACAGAAUGAACAGCACCAGCGCAGCAUACAUAGGAACUGUGGCACACACACACACAGAAUCACACACACACAAAGAACCACACAUACAUAGUGUGACCCCACUGAGAGAGGGGCAGGUGCAGUGGGUCACACUGAGUUCUGGUGCAGGUGAGAGGCAGAGUUUCCGUUUCCGGCCCCGUGGUGGGCAGAAGAAAGGUCUGCUCACGCUGCUGAGCUGCAACAAUGCACACACACACACACUCACUGUUUCAGUCUCGGCCCAAGGAAAUGAGCUGACAUCACAGGAUGUAGGAGAUCAACUCGUCCAGAUGUGGCUGCAGGGAUUCUCCUCCUACCUGAUCCAGCUCCGACUCGCUGCUUCACACACAUAUACAGCAGAGAGUGAGACUUUGUGCUUGAAAAUGCAAGCAUCAUCUGCAUUCCACCGCAGGGAAGCGCCGGCGCUGCCACAUACACUCCACAUCAAGAGCUUUAACACACUGCGCACCUGCAGCUCUGUUACACUCGCAUGGAUGGGAACUGAGGAACGAGGACUUUACUGCCUCUACAGACGCAGGGCAGACAUGCAGAAUGGGACAGUUGGAAACAGUCUGAAACGGGGUAGACAGAGGAGUGAGACUGGUGCAGACAGAGGGUUAUGGAGUGGACCAAGAACAGAAAAAGGUCAAGACAUAAUGACGUGUAGUGAACAGAAGAGUAAGACAGGUCGAAACCAAGUUAAACCCCGUAAACAAAGGAGUGACAUAGACCGUUGCUUAACACCAGAUUCCCGCCCUCCUGAUCAGCGGGUGCUCUGUAAAUACUUCCAGGAACUUGAUGCUCGCCGUGCUGUUACUACAGCAACAGUAAGUGGACUGGAGGCAGAAACACUGUACACUUUUGAUAUAUAUCUCAUGAGACGAUGGGCACUUCCUGUUAAAUACCACAGCAAGACAGUUCGGACCAGGAGAGACUGCUGAGACCUUCACUCACACAGACUGAAUAAACACCAGAAAAAUACCACUGAGCGAAGA